GCUUACUAUUGGCUUACUACAUACAUAAAACGUCACUUAGUAAUCGGCUGCGGCUGUGCUACCGAUAAUAAUCUUUGCAUAUCAUAUGCUGACUUCACACAUCGCCGACGGGGACGACACCUUUGAAAGUAGAUAUUCAUGGAUCUAGCAAACGAACAACCCUUAUUCACUUGCCUGUCAUGCUCGAUAGCCUUUCUUUCCGCGGAGGAGCAGCGCACGCACUACCGCUCAGACCACCAUAGGUACAAUAUGAAACGUCGCGUCGCAUCCCUCCCACCAGUUAGCGUUGCCAUAUUCAAUCAAAAGGUGCUCGAGCGCCGUCAGGAGACCGCGAUCAUGUCUUCACUGAAAGGUAGCACCUGUGAGGUGUGCGGAUCCCACAUAAAUUCCAAGAAGCACAAAGAGAAUGAGCUCAAGACUCCAGGCGAAGUUCCUAGCGCUCCUGUAUAUCCCCCGCCGUCAUCCACGCUCCCCGUCAUCUCCGAAACCCACAUAUCCAAAGACUCGACCUCUGGUGUACCCGCGACCGCUACCGAGGAUGACAUCAACGAAAGCAUAGACGCUAAGAUAGCUGCUGCCCGCUCACGUCUUUCUCCAGCACACUGCCUCUUUUGUCCGCAUACUUCCUCCACGCUUUCAGACAAUCUAACGCAUAUGUCUUCUUCGCAUUCCUUUUUCGUCCCUGAUGCCGACUAUCUCGUCGAUCUUCCUGGCCUCAUCACAUAUCUUGGUGAGAAAAUUGCUGUUGGAAAUGUCUGCAUCUAUUGCAACGGUAAGGGACGUGAGCUUCGGACACUCGAGGCUGUGCGGAAACACAUGCUAGAUAAGGCUCAUUGCAAGAUCGCCUACGAUUCCGAGGACGACCGACUUGAGGUGUCAGACUAUUACGACUUCACAACUUCAUAUCCCGUUGACACACGGAAGAAGAAAUCUAAACAGAUACCCGCGGAGGACGAGGAGUGGGAGGAUGCCGAGGACGACAGCGGAGAUGCAGAAGAGGUCGUCGAUGAGGCCGCUUCAGAGCCUCCUGAUUCUGAAUCAGAUUCUAAUGAAAGCAUACCCGAGAACCAAAUCACUUAUGGUGAUACCGAGUACGAGCUUGUUCUCCCAUCAGGUGCACGCAUCGGUCAUCGGUCUAUGAAGCGCUAUUACGCACAAUCCCUGCAGCCCACGCACGUCCAGAGUAAUGAAGACCGCAACUCUGGGAUUGCACUUGUCCGCAGAUUGCUCGCAGAUAAGAAUUCUGCCCUCGUACCCCGCAAGGGUGGGUUUGGCGCACAUGGGCAAGGAAUGGAGACUGUGAAAGCGAGGAAUCGUGGUGAAGCAAGAGAGGCAGGGAGGCACGUACGAGAGUUCAGAGAUCAGAAACGCAGGGAAGAUUUUAAGACACGACAUUUCCGGGACCCACUUCUGCAGAGCGACCGAAAGGUCGAUCUCGGUUAAGUAGGGUAUAAUGAUGUACGACUGAUAGCAAGAAACAAGAUACGAGAAGGAAACAAAUCAAUACAAAUAGGCCGCGGGUACCACGCCCUCCUGGCCUGUUUGUGGAUUUCGCGUAUACCACCACGCAGUAUCCCGAUCAUCUAACACUUCUACCUCGAGUCCAGCCGUCAAAGGUAGUUCGCCCUCACCCGUCCCAUCGAACGAGUAGCGAGCGUGUGCAGGACGAGCGAACUCCUCUUCGGCGGCCAUUGUACCCACGACCGCGUCUGAGGGAGUUUCAGCUCGCAAGUAGUUGCUACCAUCUGGUCCAAAUGGAUCAGGUUCUGCAGCGGUAGGAUUUUCUUGCGGCUUCAUCCUUCUCAGCGCCGAUCACAUUUAAUGGGCUCGCAGCA